AUGAAGAGGGACAAAGGACCAACAAAGCGCGUAAAUUUGGAGAACGCAGAGCUCCACGAAACGAACCCGUUCACAAACCGUCCGUUCUCCAAUGGGUACUACGUGUUACAAGAAAAAAUCAAGAAGCUUCCUGUUAUUAAGUACGAGGAAGAAAUUGUCAAAACACUACGAGAGAACAAAACCCUAAUUCUUGAAGGCGCGACUGGCUCGGGUAAAACAACUCAAAUCCCCAAAUUUUGUUUGGACCUUGACAUCUGUAAAGGGAAAGGUGUAUGCUGCACGCAGCCAAGAAGAGUCGCCGCUAUUUCUGUCUCCACACGAGUUGCGAAAGAAAUGGACGUACAACUUGGAGAGGAAGUUGGGUACGCGGUUAGGUUUGACGACUGCAGAGGUCCACAAACGAGACUGACAUAUAUGACAGAUGGAAUGUUGUUACGAGAGUUAAUGAGUGAUCCCGAGCUGACGAGAUAUGGUGUUGUGUUACUAGAUGAAGCGCACGAACGUACUGUCGCGACAGACCUUCUUUUCGGUAUAUUAAAAGGGCUGGUGCAAAAGCGGGACGAUCUAAAAAUAGUUGUCAUGUCGGCUACCUUAGAGGCUUCCAAGUUCAGAGAAUACUUUUCUGGAUCUCCAGUGAUGACCGUUGAGGGUCGAACGUAUCCAGUCGAGAUUAAUUACUCUGCAUUUCCCGAGAACGAUUACUUUGAAGCGACGUUUACCACUGUGAAAAAAAUCGAUGGAGAGCCUGAAGGCGACGUUCUAAUCUUUUUAACAGGUGAAGAUGAAAUUGAAGAAAUGUGUGAUAGAAUCAACAGUUUCAGUUCAAAGAGUAAAAUGGUUGCAUUGCCGUUAUACUCUGCGUUGCCACAAAAUGAACAACAAAAAGUCUUUGAUGAAGUGAAAGGGAGGAAGGUGGUUGUAGCCACCAACAUUGCUGAGACGUCCAUUACAAUUGAUGGCAUCGUGUAUGUGAUCGACUGUGGAUAUGUCAAACAAAAGGUGUACCUCCCAUCUACACGAGUCGAGACGUUGCAAGUGACCCCAAUAUCACAAGCCGCUGCACAACAACGUGCUGGUCGUGCGGGGCGUACUCGACCCGGCAAAUGUUUCCGAUUGUAUACAGAAAAGGGGUUUGAAGAGAGUUUAGGCAAGCAGACUGUACCCGAGAUGUUACGAACAAGUCUUGCGUCUGUGAUAUUACACAUGAAAAAGAUAGGUAUUAAAGAUAUCCUCCACUUCGAUUAUUUGGACGCCCCAUCACCACAAGUGAUGGUGAGAGCUUUGGAGCAACUGUAUUACUUAAAUGCGUUAGACUCGAAAACAGACUUAACUGAUGUUGGCAUUCAGAUCGCCGAAUUGCCAAUCGAACCACAGAUGGCCGUUGCUCUGUUGUCUUCAAUUGACUACAAAGUAGUCGACGAGGUCUCGACUAUCAUCGCGCUGUUAAACGUCCCCAGCGUCUUUUAUCGACCGAAAGACCAGAAAGAAAAAGAAAAAGCCGACGCGAUGAAGGCGUACUUCAACAAUGCUGAGUCGGACCAUAUCACUUUGUUGAACGCAUUCAACCAGUGGGUUGAAAACGAGAAAGACCCAAAUUGGGCAUGGGAGAGUUACGUGAACCAACGUGCGUUGAAGCAAGCCAGUUCAAUCAAAGACCAGUUGCUCGGCAUUUUGUAUCGCAACGGCGUGAACUCGGAACAAGGCGUGAAGGAUAUUAGAGAGAGGAAUAUUAAUAUAAGAAAGGCGCUUUGCAAAGGGUUCUUCAUGCAGAGUGCUCAUAUCAUUAAAGGGAAGUAUCAGAUCGUCUCGGAGAAUCGAAUUGUGUUGCUACACCCGUCGAGUUGUGUCGGGAAAAGAGAGUGGAUCGUGUAUAACGAGUACGUCAUGACCAAAAACGAGUAUGUCAGGACGGUGUCUGGUAUUGAGCCGGAGUGGCUCUUCGAGGCGUCCCCGCAGUACUUUGAAAAGCUCGAAACCUUUAAGCAAAGCGAGACAACAAGAGCGCUUUGCAGAAUCAAGAAGGCAAUGAGCUCGAAGUAA